AUGGAUAUUUACCCACUAAGGGUGGCGCUUCGGAAAGAACUCCUGGUCGAGCUCUACUGUUUGAUCAACCCUAAGGGCAUAGACCAGCUCACCCUUUUGGAGUUCACCUUGGACGUUGUGGAGUAUGGUGGUCGAGCCUACUUUGGUGAUGAGCUGGACGAUGAUGGCGACGCUGAUGAUUGGGAUUGGGACUCACAGUCCUACUAUGAUGCCCACUGGGAAUGGGAUGACAAUGCCAGCUUCGAUGAACAAGGCUUCGAUGAUGACGCCGCCUACUACCAGAAUGGUGACUGGGAAGCUGAAUCGACCCUUCCUGAGGACUCCAACUUGCAGCCUGGCACUUCCUCGCCUUCAAGGAGUUCUGGCGGUGGAUCGCCCAAGGGCAAGAAGGGCAAGGGAAAAUCGAAAGGUGGUAAGCCCAACAUGUACAAGUACGACAAGAAGAGCAGCCCCAACAAGAGACCUGCUCCUGCCACUGAGUCGAUGGCAGAGCAUGCCGAGGGAGCCCUGGUGACCUUCAUGGACAAACAUGGGCAUGAGCGCACCGAUGUUGCGAUGCUUGUGGACUUGAAUCCUCGCACCUUCCUGGAGUUCAACGGUGAAGAGAUGAUUUUUCAAGCUCAUGACCAUGGAGUCACCCGAUUCCUGGACCUUGGAAGACUGAACCGCCGGAACAUCGAUGAUGUGGAUGAUGAUGAAGAGGGCAUGCAAGAUGAUGCUCCUGACGAUGGUGAAGAUGGCGAUGGUGGAGACCCUCAAGAACCUCCAUCAACUCGACGCCGCACUGGCGAUCAUCCUGGUGUGGACUUGGACUUGCCACCGGGUGAUCAACCGGAUUUGGACUUUCUGCCGGUUCCUGAGCCCAUUGCUGACCCACCUGACUUGGACUUGGACUUGCAGUCAGCUGGGGAACGCAGUGUGAGCUACUCGCCAUCAAUUGCACCAGACGAAGCUGGUGGACCUCCGAUUGGCCCUGAACUUCAAGAUGCAGGUGAUUCUCCAAUCCAUGUGGACUCUGAUGAACCUGGACUUGAACCACCUCAUCCUGAAACACCAGCGGUGCACACCAGAGCACCAUCAAUGGCAGCUGAACCUGCUGCACCUGAGCCUCUUCCAGUGCAACCACCUGAGUUUCGACAUCGACGUAUCCUAAUGGAUCGAGCCGAGACCUCAAUCUUUGGUCCUAUGCGGCAACAUCGUCAACGACAAUCCCAGCCCUAUGACAAGGACAAGGACGAUCAGAAAGAUCGAGAUCGAGAUGUCCGUGAACACUACAUGCAGUCCUUUGAUGUACUUGACGUGGAUCCUUCACAGAUCCCUGAUGGCUGGAAGAUUGAUGAUGAUGGCUACUUCAGCUUGACGAAUGACCCCAUGGACUACUGGGAAGUCAAAGCUGGCUGUGUCAUUCGACACCAUGUACGGCCACGCCGCUGCCUCUUCAAGAUCAAGGAGAUCUCUGAUGUGCCGAUCCCUGCUGACCUUUUGGAUGCCAACCGCACUACGGUUGCAAAAGCUGCUGAUGGAAAACUGCGGGUCAUCAACGACCUUGGUGCUGAGCAGCGGUUCUUGGACUUUGAAUGGACCGGCUGCACCAUCUUCCAGAUCUCUGGCAAAGCUCGCCGUGAAAUGGGUAUGUUUGCCAGCUUGCCUUCCAAACGUUUGGGCAAGGACACAAAGAUCAAGAUGGCCAAACAGCACAAGAAGGUUGCCAACAGUUCCAUCAACGAAAGACUGCUCUCUCCUGAUGAUCGUGCAAAGUUUCAGGAUGUGAUGGAUGAAGAACUUGGAGAUGAAACUGAAACGCAAGAUGCUGAAAGCCCUGCGAAUGCUGCUGUCGCCUCUGGUGUCUACAUGGUGUACACCGACGAGGUGAUUGAAUAUAUCAACACAGUCCUGCCACAGUCCGAGGGAAUCAAUGUGUAUGAGGGAGCGAUCUUCGAAAAGAUGCGCUACUACCUUGGUUUCACAAGUGCCGCUGGUAUUUUGUCAGCCCUGCCCAAAGUUGAGCCUGGCAUUUUGUUUUUCAUGGUUUUGCUUGGGAUGUUUUUGGUGGUGAUUUUGGCCGCCUACGUCAAACUCAAGCUCAAGAAGGCCUUUGAUGAUGGAUAUCUGGCCGCCAUGACCGAUGCGCGGGGUGCGAUUGCACAGAGCCGAGCCCUGCCAAUACUUUUUGCAAGGAUGGACUAUGAGCAACAGCAUAUAGCCCAAGAGUACAGAAACUUUGCCCGAAACCGGGACUUUCUGGAAAACGCUGAUCGCCAGCGUGAUGCUGGAGUGGACAUCAUGCGAAGGGCUUUGGUCGAAUCCUUCGAUCAUGCUGAUGUUUGUCCGUUGAGUGACUUGAUUUGGGUCACCAACGACAAUAUCUGGCAUGCGCAACCGCAAUGCCGGAACCUGCCCAGUGGUCGCCUGAACGAAGCCAAUGGAGUGAGAAGAUUUCAACCGUGCCCGACCUGUUCGACUGGUGAGAUCACUCCGUAUGCGCUGGAUGGCCGUGGUGUGUCUCUUUUAAGAGAAUUAGAGACAUGGAUCACUGAGCAAGGUGCAACUGCAUGGCCUGUAGCAAUGCAUGGUUGA